UAAUAUUCUACCUAAGUUCAGAAAUCAGAACAAUCCAAACCAAAACACAGCUUCCAAGCUCCAAGAGAAAACAGAAUCAAAUAAAACUUGUCCUUAUAUAGCAAAAAUGUGUGCAUUAGUACCUCCAUUGUUCCCAAACUUCGGGUGGCCAUCCACGGGAGAGUACAACAGCUACUACCUCUCCGGUGAUAACCUCAACGACGGCGGCUUUCUUGAUUUCCCUGUACCGGAGGAGACUUAUGGAGCGGUUACGGCGGUGGCUCAUAAUCAGAACAGCUUUGGGGGUUCAGUAUCGUCGGAGGGAAAUGAGUUAGGAAACAGUCCGGUCGUGAUCAAGAAGCUUAAUCACAAUGCCAGUGAGCGUGAUCGUCGCAAGAAGAUUAACUCUUUGUUCUCAUCUCUCCGUUCAUGUCUUCCAGCCUCCGACCAAUCGAAGAAGCUAAGCAUUCCUGCCACGGUUUCUCGAAGCUUGAAGUACAUACCGGAGCUGCAAGAGCAAGUGAAGAAGCUAAUUAAAAAGAAGGAAGAGCUCUUGGUGCAAGUAUCAGGUCAAAGAAACAUUGAACAUCACGUUAAGCCGCAACCAAAGGCGGUCGUGACUUAUGCCUCGACGGUUUCUGCGACAAGACUUGGAGACAGCGAAGUGAUGGUCCAAAUCUCAUCUUCCAAGGUUCAUAACUUUUCGAUAUCUAAUGUGUUAAGCGGGUUAGAAGCAGACGGGUUUGUUCUUGUGGAUAUUUCAUCUUCAAGGUCACAAGGAGAAAGGCUUUUCCACACUUUGCAUCUACAAGUGGAGAAGAUUGAAAAUCAAAAGUUGAAUUGCGAAGAGUUAAGCCAGAGGAUAUUGUACUUGUAUGAGGAAUGUGGAAACUCAUUAAGAUGAUAAUUUGUUCUUGUUUCUAUCUAGUUGUGACGCUUUUUCUCUUGAAAACCUAACAUUCUUGACGUCAAAGCGUUGUGUAGUCGAGUUGUUUCGUUUUUUUUUAUGGUCGAAGUCAAUGAUCGAUUAUGACAUGCUAUUAAGUACACUGAUUACUAUAAAUUCAUGUGACAGCUGUAAAUUUUAA